AUGAGCGCGGCCGUGGCGCUGGCCGGGCACCGCCUGCUGGGCUGGGGGGGCCGCGCCGCCGCCCUGUGCCGCGGGCUCCGCACCGGCCCCCCGAGGCUGCAGGACGUGGCGGGGGCGGCUGCCAAGGAGACGGAGAAGCAGAGCGCGACCGAGCAGAGCACGCACAUCCAGGUGGUGAGCUUUGACAACCAGCCGUUCUCCCGCACGUCCUGCGGCACAGAGGGCUUCCAGAACGCCAAGAAGGGCACUGCCAUCGCGGCACAGACCGCAGCCAUGGCAGCAGCAGUGAAAGCACGUGGGAAGGGUGUAUUGCACGUGCGAGUCAUGGUGAAAGGACUGGGACCAGGACGCAAAGCUGCCAUCAAGGGGCUGACGAUGGGAGGUUUGGAGAUCAUCUCCAUCACUGACAACACCCCGGUCCCCCACAACGGCUGCCGCCCACGGAAAGCCAGGAGACUGUGA